AAAAUGCAGCCCUCCGGCCCCAGGCCUGUACACCUGAGCGAGUGGCAGAAGAAUUAUUUUGUGAUUACGUCUGGCAGUAGUACAGCCGAACAGAAGGCAGAUGCCUACCGCGCACAGGUCUUACGCCUUCAGUACGCCUGGGCAAACUCGGAGAUCUCCCAGGUCUGUGCCACCAGACUGUUCAAAAGGUAUGCAGAGAGAUAUUCUGCAAUUAUUGAUUCUGGCAAUAUUGAAACUGGCUUGAACAACUAUGCAUCAAGCAUUUUAGCUCUGACAAGAUCUCAGCAAACGGACAGUGACAAGUGGCAGUCUGGGUUGUCAAUCAGCAGUGUUUUCAAAAUGAGCCGAGCGCAGGAGAUGCUGCAAGCUGGCAGGAGAUCCAAAGAUGCGCUCGUGGAACCUGCUGCAGCCUCGGUAGUGAGCCCCAGAGGGACCUCCAGCUUUGGGGUUUGUGCUGGUUCCGGAGAGGGUGAGCUGCUGUCUGUCUCGGCGCCUGACACAGAGAGCGUGCGGGGCAGCACAGGGAGCGGUGUGUCGAGGGGUCUCCCCAGUGGCCAGCCACCCCCUGUGACCAGCAGCACCGACACCUGCCCCGCGUUCUCAGCUCCUGCCAAGUUCCAUGUCACACCAUUAUUUGAAAAUGUCAAAAAGGACCAUCCCAGCUCUCCACGAGCCAGCACGGCACUAAGCAUGUUCUCGCCCCGGCAGGCUUGUUUGCCCUCUGGCUGUGAGAACCCACAGAAGAGGCAGGCUUUUUAUGGUUCCAACUUCAUUGAUGCACUUUCCAGCCCAACACCGAGCAGGACUUUGAGUAGAACAGAAGAUCAUGGCCAGCAGGAAGAGAGCAGCCUGCCCACCUUCAAGACUGCCAAAGAACAGCUUUGGGUAGAGCAACAGAAGAGAUGUCACCAAGCCCUGCGGGCACCAGGGUCCUCAUACGGGGGGGUAAAAAAAUCUCUCGGAGCUAGUAGAUCCCGUGGAAUAUUUGGCAAGUUUGUUCCUCCCGUACCCAAGCAAGAUGGGGGAGAGCAGAGUGGAGGGGUGCAGACUGGUAAGGCUCACGGGACAGGGCCCGCAGACACAGCUCCUGUGGACGAGCGCCUCAAGGGUUUGGAGCCAAAGAUGGUCGAGCUGAUUAUGAAUGAGAUUCUGGACCAUGGUCCCCCUGUAAGUUGGGAAGACAUUGCAGGAGUGGAAUUUGCUAAGGCCACGAUCAAGGAGAUAGUUGUGUGGCCCAUGAUGAGGCCAGACAUCUUCACUGGGUUACGGGGGCCCCCUAAGGGGGUUCUGCUGUUUGGGCCUCCUGGCACUGGGAAGACUCUGAUUGGCAAGUGCGUGGCGAGUCAGUCCGGGGCAACGUUCUUCAGCAUCUCUGCCUCAUCCCUGACUUCCAAGUGGGUGGGUGACGGGGAGAAGAUGGUCCGUGCACUGUUUGCUGUUGCAAGGUGUCAGCAGCCGGCUGUGAUAUUUAUUGAUGAAAUUGAUUCCCUGUUAUCUCAGCGGGGAGAUGGAGAGCACGAAUCUUCUAGAAGGAUAAAAACCGAAUUUUUAGUUCAGUUAGAUGGAGCCACCACAUCCUCUGAGGACCGCAUUCUAGUGAUGGGAGCCACGAAUCGGCCGCAGGAGAUUGACGAGGCUGCCCGGCGGAGGCUGGUGAAGAGGCUGUACAUCCCCCUCCCGGAGGCUGCGGCCAGGAGACAGAUCGUGGUCAGCCUCAUGUCCAGGGAGCGGUGUUGCCUCAGCGAAGGAGAGACGGAGCGGAUCGUGCAGCAGUCUGAAGGCUUCUCGGGGGCAGACGUGACCCAGCUCUGCCGGGAAGCCUCGCUGGGCCCCAUCCGCAGCCUGCAGGCUGUCGACAUCAGCACCAUCACCCCGGACCAGGUCCGACCCAUCGCUUAUGUCGACUUUGAAAAUGCAUUUAGAACUGUGCGGCCUAGUGUGUCUCCCAAAGACUUGGAGAUUUAUGAGAACUGGAACAGAACUUUUGGUUGUGGAAAGUAAAUGGCUC